AUGGUAUCUCCACCAAAACCCUGGGAGAGAGGUGGGGCAGCGACUGCGACUAGUUCUGCUUUGCCAACUACAUCAUCAGCAACGACAGCGACAACAACAACGGCUAGCAACGCGGCCACAGCAUCGUCGUCUCAGCCAACUGUACCCGAACGGCCUGCGGCAUUCGGGAGCACCACAUCGACAGCGUUGACCUCUCCUUAUUCUUCUUCUCCAUAUUCGAGACUAGGAGCAGGAACUUAUGGUGGAGGAUAUGGAGGACUCGGAUCCUAUGGCGGAUUGGGAUCGACUUACGGUGGAUAUGGAGGACUAGGCAGCUAUGGUGGGCUAGGGUCUUACGGUGGUGGAUACGGCGGCAUUGGGUCUUAUGGCGGACUAGGGUCAUAUGGCGGCUACGGAGGCUAUGGUAUGGGCGGUAUGGGUGGCUACGGUAUGGGCAUGGGCGUAGGCCCGAACGGAGUACCUCUGAACCCCGAUGGCACACCAUCGCUCACACAGACAUUGGAGUCAACAACGCAACAUACGUUCGCACUACUCCAUUCAAUUGUGCAGACCUUUACAGGUGUCGCACAGAUGCUCGAGUCGACGUUCAUGGCCACACACUCAUCUUUCUUCGCCAUGGUAGGUGUCGCAGAGCAAUUCGGCCAGCUACGGAAUGCGCUAGGGAGUGUUUUGGGACUAUUUGGCUUGCUGAGGUGGAUGAGGGAGCUUAUUACCGGCCGACCACAAGGUGGGGCUGGUAACCUGAACCACGAAUUCAGGGAGUUCAUCAACGGCCGACCUGUCCAGGGCCCCAUGGGCCCACCACCUCCAAAAGCGAGCAAGAAGCCUCUCAUCUUCUUCCUUCUCGCUAUCUUCGGUGUACCAUACGCCAUGUCGAAACUUAUCCAUAUCCUCAAAGAGCGUGCGCAAGCUCAGGCAGCUGCCAACGGUGGCCUACUUCCCGGCCAGCAGCUUCCUCCCCUUGAUCCAUCAUCCCUUACAUUCGCAAGGGCUCUGUACCCAUUCAACCCAUCCAACCCCGCUGAACUCGCUUUGAAAGAGAACGAGAUCGUAGCGAUCACUGGCAAGCUUGAUCCACGCACAGGAGCUGAAAUUGACCCACGGAUAGAGGUAGAGGGCGGCCAGUGGUGGAAAGGCCGAACGAGAGAAGGGCGCGAAGGAUGGUUCCCGAAGAACUGGGUGGAGGUGCUAGAACGAAAAAAGACUGAAGAACCAAAGAAGGUCGAUUAA